AUGUCAAAUUUUGCUACUGCUGUAAUAAAAAAUAUCCAAGAGGGGCCUACCAAAGGCAUUAUUACGCAUGGCUGGACAAUUACCUCGACCAAGCUUCCUAUUCUUAAUGCAAAAGAAAUAGAACGUGCACAAGCAGAAUUAGAAAUUCCUCUUCCUGAAAUGUUCUUUGGCAAUAACCGAAUCACAAUUUCUAAUGAACAUGGUUUCGAGUUCGAGUUUUCGCCUAUGGAGGCUUUGAAGCACGUGGACGCGUCUAGAGAAGGUGGUGAUAAAGUUAAACUUGCCUAUUCUGAGGAAUGGAAGAAGAAAAGUGAAAAGAAUCAUGAGCAUGUUAAAGAUGUAGUGAAGUCAUACGAUUGGACAUAUUCCACCACUUAUCGUUGCACAUUAAAAUCAGCACCGGAUGGGCAGAAUUUCAAGCCAACAACUGAUCGUAUUGACAUAGAGAAACUCAAAUUGCCAGAGCCGAUCAAUUUUUAUGAUGAGAAUAUCCUUUUCGAGGAUGAACUGGCUGAUAACGGCACCGCAAUGUUAAAUGCAAAAAUGCGAGUCAUGCCAUCAGGAUUCUUUGUUCUGCAACGCUUCUUUUUAAGGGUAGAUGAUGUGUUAUUUAGAUUAAAUGAGACAAGAGUAUAUCAUGAAUUUGGGACUGUCUAUUUAAUUAGAGAAUAUUCGUCGCGGGAAGAAGCUUACGACAAAAUACGCGCGGCAAUACUACCACAUAGAGGUGACGACAUAUCACAGUUGACCGAUCCUGAUUGGGUAUCUUCUAAAUUACCUGCACCAUUGGAACAGAUCAUUGAGAAGAUAAAUGUUAUCCCUGAACAGCCAAAAUAA